AUUAUAUCAAAUUUGAUUUAUUUCAUUCAGUUGUGUUGUCAUUUCUGCAAUUGUCAUGUAAGAAAACAACCAACAAUUUAAAAGAAUUGAAAAUGUUUGCAGAGUAGGCCUACAGCCUUUCUAAGAACUUUGGUGAAGUAAAAUGACGAACCGUUGAGAGACUUUUAAAGUGGAUGAAUUAUUGUGCAAAAAGGCGCACUGAUGUUAACAGAUGGCUGAAGGCUUUUAGACUCAUUGUGUCUUUUAUAGAGGAAAGACAAAGACCUGAAGAGGCCGGCAGUCCCCAACAACUGGAUCAGCUCUAAUUAGAGAAUGAGCGAGAAAGUGUGUGUGUGUGUGUGUGUGUGUGUGUGUGUGUGUGUGUGUGUGUGUGCGAGAGAGAGAGAGAGAGAGAGAGAGAGAGAGAGAGAGAGAGAGAGAGAGAGAGAGCAUUUGGUGAGGCUGAGCCACAGUAGGUGCAGCAGAGCGCCUGUACCCUCCGUAUCUCUCGCAGACUUUUUCAGCCAUGCGCUGCCGUCCAUCCUCUUCUCUCUGGAUUUUUAUCUUCGUGCGGGUGAGAUGUUGCCAAAUGUGAUAGUUCUGCUGUGUUUUCUGGCUCUUCGGCUUCGGGACUGUGCGGCUGAUCUGUGCAACUGGACUGGAAGGUGAGGAACAUUUUCUCAUAUCUGCAGGACACUUUGAAACACGGAGAGAGGGAAAAUGGAAAACUAAACAUCCAGCACUGUAUAACUGGGUGACACGGUUUAAAGUUGUGAUUAAUUACAUCAUUAAAACUUUCUGGAUCAGUCAAUCAGAACAAAAACUGGGGUGCGAUAAGGCCUUGUCUGCUCCAUUUAUGGACAAUAUAUUGACACGAUGCUUGAAGGAUUAAAACCCUUAAUCCAUGACUUAUAAAAUGUAUUAUUGCAGAUCUGCUGUUUCAUUAGAGAGUGAGGAAUCCGUGAAUAUUUGCUAAUAGAUUACCAACAUAUAUAUCUGCAUAAAUAGCGAAUACAGUGUAUUAUGGCCGAUCUAUUGAGCAUUGAUAAGUGAUUUGUUAACCACUGAUAAAGUCAUUAAUUAAAAUGUGAUCCAUGCCACACAUGCAGCACGCUGUUGAAUUACUAACCACUCGUUUUUCCCGCUUUAAAUCCAGCGGUUUUGCAGCUGGCGUGGACACCAGGAUCGUACUCCAGGUGCGGCUGCGCUGCACAGAGGGCUCGGUGAGGUGGGUCUAUCCGGGUCAGGCCCUCAGGGUGGUUCUAGAGCCCAACCUGUCCUCCAACCCGCGCACCAUCGUCUGCAUCAAACCGUCUCCUUCUUUCCGCGGGGCCAGCGUGUUCAUCGAACGGGCCGGAGAGCUGGAGCUGCUGGACACGGACGGCGAGCGGCCGCGGCAGGUGUUCUGUUUCCGGGCUGACGGACCACACAGGCCCGCUAUCUACCUCCAGGCCGGUCCGCAGAGCGACGGACACUGGGGCAGACGAACGAUGGGCUUCAGAUACGAGCUGCUGGGAAACAGGAGCGCUGCGCCCAACUUGGGCCACAGCGGGCUGCAGACUUCUUGUCGACCCUGCAAUGACACAGAACUCCUGAUGGCCAUCUGCAACAGUGACUUUGUGGUUCGAGGCUUCAUCAAGAAUAUCUCCCACAACUCUGACAGUCAGACGUCGACGGUGGAGGUGUUGGCGGUGAGGGUGUACUGGCAGCGCAGUGGAGUGUUUGAGCGACAAGUGGCUCCAGGGUUACCUCACUCUGUCUCAUCUUGGCGUGGACACAUCCACGCACUCCUACAGUGCCAUGUGAAGCCCGGGGACGGAGAGUUUCUCUUCACAGGGUCAGAACACUUCGGGGAAGCUUGGUUAGGGUGUGCCCCACGAUACAAAGACUUCCUGUCUGUCUACCAGACUGCCCGGGCGGCACGUCAGAAUUCCUGUGACUUCCCUUUAGACUGAGGAAGUGUGUUGUUUUAGCACCACUCAGCCCAAACAGUCUUUAUUCACAGGCAUCCUCAUCCCUGCACUGGCACUGUGGGAUCCCUGUAACGUUUUAAUGUGCCAUCAAGGUGGCAUCUAGUCUCAGCAGCGGGGAUGAAGCCGCUGAAUUUCUGGUGAAAAGCACAUUUGGAGGAGCAGGAACGGGGGCAAACAGCAGGGGCCUCCUGCACUGAGGCUCAGAGAGGGCCGGCCUUUGUCUCUUUCCCAUCGCUGCCCUCGGUCCUGGGAGACUGAGAAGGGGUUGGGUUGCUGCUCUCUCUUUGUGCCUCUCCCCACAUCCACUGUUGUUCACUUUGCUGGCUCUGUGUGUGACAGUUGCCCUCUGAACUGAGGUGGGAGGGAAGACUGAGGGAGCCCGUUUAUAAUCACCAGUUUGUCUUAGUGAAUAGGCUUGGACACAUACAUGAUUGUGGAGUUAUUUUUACUGAGAUUCAUCCUUGCUGAAGUUUCCAAUCGUCUAUGUAUUUUCUAUUUAUACUG